UCUGCAGGGGGUUCGAUGGCUCAUAGCUGCGCGAAAUGUGAUCAGUGUUCGAAAAACCAGUGGAGGAUUAACAGCUAUGGGAUUGAGUAGUUCGAAGCAAAGCAGUAACCGUUCCGGUUAUCCUGGAAACUAUUCCAGUGAUCCGCACAACUAUUACGCGCAAAACUACAACGGAUCGCAAAAUAUAAAUCGCCCGAACCAAACGGUACAAUCACACAGAAGCCAGUAUCAACAUCAGCAACAAAAGCAACUGGUUCAUCAGCAACAGGCGCAACAGGCACAACUGCGUCAGCAGCAUAAGCAGCAACACCAUCGGCAGCAGCUAAACCAGCAGCAUCCGCAACCAUUUCAACAGCAACAGCUGCACCGACAGCAACAGUAUCAGAAUCCACAAAUGCAACAGAGGCAGCAGCUACAGGUUCAACAACAACAACAGCGAAAUCAGCCAAAAAAUCAACAACAAUUGAAAAAACAACAGCAGCAAAAGAAGCAGCAGCAGCAUGAUCAGCAAAUUCUAACACAAAGUAAUAGGAACACGGAGGAGUGCUUUGUCUGCGGUCAUGAAGGUCACAGUGGCUUCCGUUGUUUUCAUCGAAACAUGACGUGCCACAUCUGUAAAGAACCCGGCCACUUAGCAUCGGUUUGCAAGGAAAAAAUGCACCAUGCAGAAAGCAUUUACAAACCGAAAAAUAAACCACCGAAAAAUCCUACUCAUCGGAACAGCAAGACAUGAGGCGUUCCCAGUCUCAGAAUCAUAGCCACUAUCGGUACAAAUUUACAAAUGCUAAGUCUUCUAUUCAUAUUUCAACGAUGCGGAUAAGAUAAAGGAAUGUUCGUCUGGACCAAUGAUCUUCAUUAAAAUAUGUCGUGCAGCGUUAUGAUGAUUCAACCAUAUCGUAUUAUUGAUAAUGAUCAAACCUUAUCUUUUG